AUGAACGGGCAAAUAUCCAAGCCAACACCCGCAGCGGAUCUAAGUGGACCAGUCCCUUCAGCCAUCUUGCACUUGGCCCACGAUAGGACGCUCAAUGAGUCUAUCCAUCUUGGUCAACCGAUCCAAUUCAAUGCUGCAGACAACAAAACUCCUCCUGCCUCCAUCCCACGAAUCAUCCACCGAACAUACAAGACAGAAGAUAUACCCUCUCAUUGGAAAGGUACCUACGAGUCAUGUCGCACGUUGAAUCCCACCUACAAGCAAUACUUCUGGACCGACGAGUCCUCUCGUCAGUUCAUCGAAACCCAUUUUGACUGGUUCCUUCCCACCUACGAUGCCUACCCAUACAACAUUCAACGCGCUGAUGCCAUCCGUUAUUUUCUACUGUGGCAUUAUGGGGGCGUGUAUAUCGAUAUGGACAUAGCUUGUCGCCGACCGUUGGACCCGCUGCUGGACUUCUCUGCCUGGAUGCCCAAGACCCAACCCUACGGUGUCAGUAACGACCUGAUGGCGAGUACCCCAGGACAUCCAUUCAUCACCAAAGUUGCCCUGGCUCUGCAUGAUCACGACGGCUUCUACCUUUCCAAGUAUAUCACUGUGUUUUUUACGACGGGGCCGAUGUAUCUCAGCAGCCUCUUGACAGAGUGGUUUCGAAAAGUGCAAAAUGGCCCGGGCGAGGAAAUUACCAUGCCACAUGGCGUUGCUAUACUUCCUUCUAUGAUGUACGACACCACUGCGUACUCAUUCUUUGGACACGCCCCAGGAUCCACCUGGCAUGGAAACGAUGUAGCGAUAGUUAGUUACAUCUACAAACACUGGCGUGAGAUUUGUCUUGGAGCAGUUGCAAUUGGCGUGCUGGUGUUGACGUUUUAUAUCCUACGGGUGAGAAGACGGUCGAGAUAUACCUUGAUAUUAGAUAGGCGGGAUGAGGAAGCAGGCCUUUUGUGA